UUGAUUUAAUUUUGUUUAAAUUCUAUAUUUGUUUUAGUUUAAAAUACAGUUGUCUGAUAAUUAUCUUUCACUGUAAUAACGUACAUAAUACUCCGCGUCUCCAAAUCUUUUGUUUCUCAAAUUGUCCUUGUUCAUUUCAACUUAAUUAUUUUUAUUGUUGGAAAGUUUCGAUUGACCAAUAUUUAUUUUCAAAACUACUUUCCAUUCGUUUUCGUUUGGGGUUCUCUGACCAAGUUUCUAAAGUGGUAAAAAAGGGAAUUGUACGGGAUAUUCUUAUUACCAUUAAUCAAAAAUACGUAUUAAUAAAUUUCCUCAUAUAACCCCCAAAAUAAUAUUCAUGCAAUCACGCCAUAAUUUCAGAAACGAUUUGUUACUCUCCAAAUAUAUAUUCAUUCUCCAUUUCAUCACUCUUUUUUUCCUCUCCUCUUUUCAUCUUUCAUCAAGAAAAACCACAACACACAUGGCCGACGAUAAGAUUCAACCAUGGCCAAGAAACAAAAACAUACGUCCAUCGGUUGAUAGCAACGACACCAUCCAACGAUCCCCCAGAAGCUCCGGCGGAUUCACAACGGACAAAGACAUAGGCAGCCGCAGACCACCAAGGCAUCAUCAAUCUGUAGACAGUGUCGAUAGCACUUCAAGCCUAUACUCUAUCGACUCUCGAAGAUCAAAGCCGCCACCACCAGGGACUUACCACGUUCAACUCCCCAAAGAGCAAAUCUACCGUGUCCCCCCGCCGGAAAACGCUCACCGUUACGAGUAUCUCUCCCGCCAGAAACACAACCGAUCAGCUUGCCGCCGAUGCUGCUGUUACUCCUUGGCUACGCUGCUCGUUCUCCUCUUGCUCGCAGGACUCGUCGUGGGGGUCUUUUUACUAGUCUGCCGGCCGCAUAAGCCGCGGUUCUCCGUGAGCGGAGUCUCCGUCGCCGUUGUCAAUCUCGCGUCACAGUCUCCGAUCUCUCCGGUGUUCAAGAUCAAGGUGAGGUGUAAGAACGUUAACGGUAAACUCGGUUUGGUCUACGAGAAAGGAAGCGCGGUUGAGAUUUUCCACGAGGGGAUCAAGCUAGGUGACGGCGAGUUCGCGGCGUUUGAGCAGCCGGCUGAAAACGUGACGGUGACGGUGACAAAGCUAAGGGGGUCGAGGAUCCAGUUAAAGAGCUUGUCGCGCAAAGAACUUAAGGACUCGGAGAAGACAGGAAAAGUGCGCUUUGACCUGAGAGUUAAGGCGCCGAUAAGGUUUAGGGUUGGUGUGGUGACGACGUGGACUAUGGGCGUUACCGUGGACUGCAAGAUAACAGUGAACAAACUGACGUCAUCAGCUACAGUGAUAACGGAAGAUUGUGUUACGCAAGACAUAAGCCUGCUGUGAUGUUGUUUCAGACUUUGGUUCGGUUCGAUUUAUUAUUAUUGUUAUAUUUUUUUUAGUUUGUUUGAUUCAUUAUUAUGUUUCUGAAUAAGAUUGAAAUUUGAUUUGUUGGAAGUGAAAACGUUUUUUUUUUUUUGAAUAAUUUCGUCAAACGUAUCAGAAACCUAUCAAAAUAAUUCUUUCAUUUGCUUGUGAAGCCCAUAAUUGUUAGCAGAAACAACAUAUGCAAACACAACUAUAAGUUAACAUGACACAAAUCUACAGAAAGUACUAUCUAAAUAAGUAAAUA